AUGGACAGUCUCUUGUCGGAUGUGUCGCUGGCUGAUGACGACGAGGCCGUUGAAUUCUACCUCCCCGGCCUGAUCGUCGACGAUAUUGUCCCGCGCCCGGUUACGCCGCUGCGUACUCUCCAACAAACGAUUUUCCUAGAAACCGCGGAAGACUCCGUGUCUCUCAUCCUGCGCUUGUAUAACGAAGGGAUCCCCCUUUUCUCCAAGACGAUCUUCCGAGAUAUCGUCGAGCAGCUCGACCGCUGCUUAGAAGACGCCAACUCGGAGCAAAAAGUGUCAAUCAUGGGUCUCGAUGGCACGCUAGUCCAUUUUUUCUUCGAGACCGGCCAAGAUGUUAGCAAAGGGAGCAAAUUGUUUUGGCCGGGCUGUAACAUUGUAACCGCCAAGCCCCGUCUCGACUACCACGGCCUGUACCAGCUCAUGUCGCCCGACGGCAGCCAGCCCGGCAGUCUAGAACGAGCCUAUCUGCCCAUCGAAAUCGUCCAGAAAACAGAACUACGCGAUGUCGAGACCGGGGAGCUGGUUGUUCCUUGGCCCAUGCUAAACCACGACGACGUUCGGGAGCGUUUUGCUCGGGAACGGGCUUUCUGGGAAGAUAGCGUUCCGGUCUCGCAUCUCCGGUGGCUUCUCGACUCCACCGGUAUGAAGCAUAGCAUUAAAAACAUCGAACUACACCAGCGGAGCACGUCACAGCAUGCGAUGCUGCUAGAGGUGCGGGACCUUGUCAAGCAAAGUGUCGGGAUAGAGGUUAAGUGCUUCGCCCAGGAUCCGGCUUACACUGCCAUCGACAAGCAGGUCCUGGGUGAGGUGGGCAUCACCGUGCUCGACGACCCUCGGGCUUGGCUCCGGGUGGAUGACGGGAGCAUGGUCAUCGCAAUUGCGCCAACCAUCCCGGUACUCGAGAUCGUCGCUGACAUUGCAAGACCGGUCGUGAUCAUGAGGUCGGCGCCGCAAGACGAGUGA